AUGCCUUCGCGCGACAGAGGACGAGCUCGAGCUCGAGCAUCAGAUGAAGAGUUCGUUCUAUUUCUCCAGGGUAUCCCAGCCCACUGCCGCUGGCAAGAGCUCAAAGACAUGGUACGCCAGACGGCCCUGCAUAUCCGACAGGCAGUCGUAUACGACGACCAGCACGGGUUUCCAACUGGUUUGGGGCAAAUUAUCGUGAAGAACGAAGAUGAAGCAUGGCGCACAUACCAUAGACUCUCCACCAACGGCUGGGAUGGACAGAGUCUCGUCGUCACUCUGGCUCGAACGAGCUCACCUACAAGGCCUGUUGCCGGUCCCACGAAAAGCCCCAGCUGUGUGAUUCCCCCGGCAUACGUGGCAGGCUAUUCCACUCCCCCUCGAGUUGCGCAGAACUUGGCCAUCCCUCCUUCACCAAUCUCCCCAGACACCCCCCUCGUCUCAAUGGCUCCAGCUCCAGCCCCAGCUUACCAGGGCCAGGGCCCAGAGUAUGCACCGGUCAUCAACCCAAUGGCCAUGCCCCCUCCUCCACCCCCCUAUCUCCAACCCUUCGUCCCCAUUUUCACCGACCAACUACCGAGCAUCCCACACUCGCCAUCCCUGACUCACUCCUUCUGCGACACUCUCGCCUUUGCCAUGCUCCCCACAUACCCUAUUCCCCCGCUACACCUUCCUCACCCCGACCACUCCUUCACCAACACCAACGGCAACAACAGCAACACCAACCCCCGACCAAGAACCACCUUCCACCCACACAAACCCUCAAGCAGCGACCAAACCCAACCAAAUCCCCGCUUCAGCCCCCGCCGCACAAUCUUCAUCCAAAACCUUAGCCCAACAACCACCCCGCACGACCUGACCCUCUUCCUCCAAGACGCAGGCACAAUCGAGCAGUGCGAGAUGCCCUUGAACCCCGACACAGGCCGCUGCAAGGGCUUCGCGCGCGUCACCUUCCGCUCUGCCGACGAGGCAAAGCGCGCCAUCGCGCUCUACAACACGGCGUUUUUUCUUGGCUCGAAGAUCAGGGUUAAGAUUGAUCGGAGUGGGUACUUUUCUUCGGGUCAGGGCCAUGCACAGUGCCAGGGUUACGCAGCGAGGGAGGGGUAUUAUCUGCCGAAUAGACCCAAUCAGCCUGAAAGGAAGUCCGCUGAGGGCGAUAUAACCCCUGCGCCGGGGACGGGUCCGGGUCCGAGGACGGUGGACAGGAACAGUGGGCCGCAGAGGGUGACGGAAAGGGACAGAUGCCAGCCACUUGUGGUGAAUGGGUCCGGACUGGGGAGCAAGACGGCGGUGGCGAUUUGA